AUGCAUACCCUUUUCUUUCCCCUGGUUCUUAUUCACCCCCAUUGCCUUUCAUGCCUGCGUCCCCCCCGCCCCCCCUCUUCCCCACCCCGUUUUCUCUACUGGGUCCCAGUGCUUGAUUUUGGGGAGGAUCUCCAAGUGUUGGAAAGUUUUGAAUUUUCCUUGUCCCAGGAAAAUGAUGUUUCAGUUUCAAUUGGACUUCGCUGUGAAGAACGGAGUCUUGAUUUUCAGGUGUUGGCGCCAGCUGUGUCUUUUGCCCUCCUUUUUCUUUUCGUUUUUCAUGUGAUCCUUGUGUCGGUUAAACCCAAUGCAUGCAGCUCUGUUUUCGUGUUCCUUGGGGGGAAAUCAGGUUUGAAGAUGAAGCAACUGCCUUUUAUGGCAGUUGUUUCUACAGUUAUGUUGUUUGUUGUGUAUAGAACUUUAAAGUAUCAAUAUUAUCAAGAAGAGAUAGACAAAAAGUGGAAUACAAGGGAAGAAGACAAGGUACGUUGUGAUGCUUCUAGAAAUUUGAAGGGCUUACCUCGAGGUAUAAUACAGCAUACUUCAGAUUUUGAGUUUAGGCCUUUAUGGUCACCAAGUAGUUUGAGGUCAAAGGUUAAUGUUUACUCCAAUCGCAACUUGCUUGCAAUGGCAGUUGGUGUUAAACAAAAGCAUAACGUAGAUGCCAUGGUGCAAAAGUUUCUUCCAGACAAUUUUACAAUUAUUUUAUUCCAUUAUGAUGCCAAUGUGGAUGGAUGGUGGGAUCUUAAUUGGAGUAGCAAGGCAAUACACAUAACUGCUCAAAACCAAACAAAGUGGUGGUUUGCAAAAAGAUUUCUACAUCCAGAUAUAGUUUCUAUUUACGAUUAUAUCUUUCUCUGGGAUGAGGAUUUAGGGGUGGAGCAUUUUUCUCCGUCAAGAUACAUUGAAAUUGUGAAGGAAGAAGGAUUGGAGAUAUCUCAACCGGCUCUUGACCCAAAUUCGACAGAGAUACAUCAUAGAAUUACAGUUAGAGCUAGGACCAAAAAAGUUCAUAGAAGAGUCUAUGAACUCAGAGGCAAUACUAGGUGUUCAGAAGCAAGUAAAGGGCCUCCCUGCACUGGGUUUGUGGAAGGUAUGGCUCCUGUUUUCUCUCGAUCUGCCUGGGAUUGUACUUGGCAUCUUAUACAGAAUGACCUUGUCCAUGGAUGGGGAGUGGAUAUGAAAAUAGGUUAUUGUGCUCAGGGAGACCGCACACAAAAUGUGGGAGUUGUUGAUACGGAAUAUGUUGUUCACAAGGGAAUACAAACUCUGGGUGGCAGCGGGCAUGAAACAGAUAAAGUCUUGCAUCAUGAAACGCCAACUCUGAGACAUCAUGGUGCAGCUUCUGAUCCGCGAAUCGAGAUAAGAAGGCAGUCAACAUGGGAACUUCAAGUGUUCAAAGAUCGGUGGAAUCGAGCUGUUGCUGAGGACAAAAGCUGGGUUAAUCCAUUUAAGAGUAAUCAGAGACGCAUGAGACAUAGGAAGAGAAACAACCUGUUCUCUUAA